AUAUGUAUUGACCUAUAGGCCUAUAUCUUUUAUCACACUUUGUUGCCAGGUAUUAUCAUUUAGAUAAACCACAGGUACAACUACAAAACAUCAUUAAAAAAUGGAAAGGUGGAUUGGAAGAGUUGCCUUGGUAACUGGUGCAUCAGCUGGAAUUGGUGCUGCCAUAGCAAGGGAUUUAGUCUGUUUUGGAAUGAAGGUUGUUGGUUGUUCAAGAAAUAUUGAGAAUAUUCAGAAGUUAAGUGAUGAGUUAAAGAAUGAGAAAGGAUCAUUAACUGCUAUAAGAUGUGAUUUAAGUAAAGAAGAAGAUAUUAUAAAUAUGUUUAAAACUAUUACAAGUAAUGAAAGUCUUGGUGGUGUAGAUGUCUGUAUAAAUAAUGCUGGUCUCGCUCAUAAUGCACCAAUUUUAUCGGGCAAAACUCAAGAAUGGAGAGAAAUGCUUGAUGUGAAUGUGAUGGCAGUAACUAUUUGUACAAGAGAAGCGUUUCAGUCAAUGAAAGAAAGAAAUGUAGAUGAUGGUCAUAUUAUAUUUAUAAGCAGUAUGUCUGGUCAUCGUAUUCCACCUAACACUGCAACACAUUUUUAUUCAGCAACUAAAUAUGCUGUAAUAGCAUUAAUGGAAUCGACAAGACGUGAACUUAGAGAACUCAAAUCACACAUUAGAGUAACAGGAGUUAGUCCUGGUUUGGUAGAAACUGAGUUUGUCUACAGGAUGAAUAAAGAUGAAGAGAAAGCUAAAGCUCUGUAUUCUAGCAUCCUGUGUUUGAAAGGAAAAGAUAUAUCGAAUGCUGUUGUUUACGCAUUACAAGCACCAUCACAUGUUGAGAUAAAUGAUGUCCUUAUAAGACCAACAGAACAAACAUAUUGAUUUAAAGAAAAAACCCAAGGUGGUCUAUGGGCCAGUCAUUGCCCAGCUGGAAAAAAAAUAUCUAAGAAAAUUACUUGCUAGUCAUUAGUCAAUUCACAUGUCAAUAUAUAAAACUUAAUUACACUUUAAUUAAACUACUUUAAAAAGUCACAGUAAAUCUAAAA